GGCAUUUUUUAUACAACUGGAGUAAUAUGUUGUUUUCACUAUUAUCCAAACGGCAGAAAAUUUUUGUUCUUGUAAUUAGUGUAGCUUGUGUAGCGGUUGUUGGAAUAGCACUGCUCGUACAUUUCUUAAAGAGAAAUUCUUAUGAAGAAGCCUCGUCGCCACUCACCAGUGAAACUUCAUCUGGAGUUGAACGAGCAACGGAAACAGGGAUAUUGUGCAUCUAUUAUAAUUGUUCAACUAAUAAUAGUAACGAUAGUAUCAACGCAAUCUGUGAUAAUUACGAGAAAUACACUUGUGACAAACACCAUAAAACUGAUCAUCCUGAUAAUCUAACAAUUACGGUAGACGAUGUCGUCAUGAAAAUGUUUGAAAUAACGGAGUACCAAGAUGUACCGAGUAUCAAAGCAGCUGAAAUGUUCUACAAAACAUGCACCGAAGCCCUUUCGGUGAAAAACGAGUUCAUUACUACAAAAGUUAUUGAUCUAAUAGAACUACUUUUCAGUGGAUGGCUGAUGUCAUCAGAUGACACACAGCAGUACAAUCUCAUAGAAAAAUUUCUUAGAAGUCGGAAAUUCAAUCUGACCGCUUCAAUUUUACCAUUGAUAUUUCAAGGUGGAAGAACCACUUUGUUUUCCUUGAACCUAAUUGGAGACUAUUCUCAAGAGGAUAAUUCAAUGAUUUAUAUUGGACCAGGAUCGCUCGAUGCAUUUGACAGUGAGAAAUUAAACAUGUCAGAUCGAAUGGACAGUGAAGUCAAAGAACAAAUCUUCAAAUAUUUAGAAAACGUAGGAGCUCUACAAACUAAUAAAAAUAUGAUGGACGGUGUUUUUGAAAUUUACUCGAAAAUAAAAGAUGUGCAGGAGAAAACCGCGAUUGAUGAAGAUACACUUGUUAGUAUUAGUGAUCUGGAGCAAAUCUGUCCAAUCAUCGAUUGGAAUGUUUUAUUUGAAAAUGCAUUCGCGCAUGAAUCGUAUAAAAAUUUGGAAGUUUAUAUUCAACGUAAAGAAGCUUUGAGGAUGACUUGUAAAUUUCUCUUUUCGAAAAUUAUAACAGAAAAAGGAAGAAAAGAUAUACACAAUAUGCUAGUGAUAAAAUUUUUGUACAAAAUGCGACGUUACUUGAAGAAAUAUGUCGAAGACUUUUAUCCUUCAGAUAUUGAUGAAAAGUCGUCAACUUGCAUUCAGGAAUUGAAGGAGAAUUUCUGGUGGACAAUAAACAAACAGCAUAAAUAUUCUAGUAUAAGUAAGAGUACAAAAGAUGAAGUGACUCAGAUGUUUGACAAAAUGAAGCACAAAUUGACUGAAUUAUUGUCUCAAGGCUCAUGGAGCAGUGAAGAUGACAAAGAAGAAGCUAUUUCAACGGUUUCCAAUAUCAAAGUACUAUUAAUGGAUUCAGAAUCUUUGAGUGAGGGAUACGAAAGCCGAGAUAAAAUACUCGAAAAUAAACUUUCUUCAGAUAACUAUCUUAUAAAUGCAUACUACUCGAUGAAAGCUAAAUUUCUAACAUCAUUGAAGGCCACUUCGCACGGAUACGAAUUACCUGAUUUAUUCACUUUCCAACCGUUUAUAAUUGACGGAGGUGGUACAGUGGUUAUGACUUCUGGGUUAUUACAUCCACCGUUUCUGAAUACAUCACACUCAAUAUCUGAAAAGUAUGGAACUCUCGGAUGGCUUCUUGGCCGACAGAUUAUAUCUGCAGCUUUCAGAGAUAACCAGCUAAUAGAACAAACGCAAUAUCAGCCGGAGUGUGGAUCAACUGCUUCUACACCGUUCCGAAGUCAACUGUGUUGUUUAUCAGCACAAAUCAACUCUGGUAGACUUCAGAAAGAAAAUUUGGAAAAAUUGUCAGCUGGUAUAAAUGGUCUUAUGUUAUCUUUCGAAACAUACAAGGAAACUUUAAGUGGAAAUACUGAAAGCUUAAAUGAAAGGAAGAUGUUUUUUUCAGCAUUCGCCAGAAUGAUGUGUGGCGGCUUAUUAUCACAUAUUAUUGAUCGCAAAUCACAGUCUUCUAUCCAAGACUACGAAUACAUUGUGAACGAUGUUGUGAAAUACAGUCAAGGAUUUUCAGAAACAUACCAAUGUGAAAGUGGUUCGGUAAUGAAUCCUGUGCGCAAAUGUAUUCUUUAG